AUGCUCUACGCCUCAGGCCGCUUCUUAGCGGCCCGGGCGGCCACUACACUUCCCGCCCCGCCCAGAGCCCGAGGCCUGGCUCUCCGCGGCAAGAGAAGGGAACUACAAGUCCCAGGGCACCUCGAGACGCCCUCCUAUGACUCCUUGACGGUGCAGCGGGCAAGACCCAACGCGCCUCUGGUCAGGAGGGUGAUCCUUAGGAAGGGGAGGAUGCCGCCGGCCAUAGGCGGCGGCCUAGCGGGUUCCGAGCUACGCCCGCGGAGGGGCCGCUGCGCGCCGCAGGCUGCCAGGGUCGUGGGUCGGGACGUGGUUCCCAAAGUUGCAGCACAGAGCCUUAAACUUAAACGGCCUGCUUGGAGCUCGCGGAGCUUCGAGGCGGCAGGCCGGUGGGCCACGCUGGCUGUGGUGACGCUGCUGUCCUUUGCCACUCGCUUUCACCGGCUGGACCAGCCGGCGCACAUCUGUUGGGAUGAGACUCACUUUGGAAAAAUGGGAAGCUACUAUAUUAACCGCACUUUUUUCUUUGAUGUGCAUCCACCUCUGGGAAAGAUGCUGAUCGGUCUCGCUGGCUACCUGAGUGGAUACGAUGGCACCUUUUUGUUCCAGAAGCCUGGGGACAGAUACGAGCACCAUAGCUACAUGGGAAUGCGAGGAUUCUGUGCUUUCCUGGGUUCCUGGCUGAUCCCCUUCGCCUACCUCACUGUGCUGGAUCUGUCCAAGUCCUUCCCCGCUGCACUGCUCACCGCUGCCCUUCUUACCUUUGACACAGGAUGCCUGACUCUGUCCCAGUACAUCCUCCUUGACCCCAUCCUGAUGUUCUUCAUCAUGGCUGCCGUGCUGAGCAUGGUCAAGUACAACUCCUGCGCUGACAGGCCCUUCUCUGCCCCCUGGUGGUUCUGGCUCUGCCUGACUGGCAUUAGUCUUGCUGGUGCUUUAGGGGUCAAGUUUGUUGGCCUUUUUGUCAUCGUGCAAGUGGGAUUGAACACCAUUUCAGACCUUUGGCACCUGCUUGGAGACCUCAGUCUUUCACUGGUCACUGUGGGGAAGCACCUAACUGCUCGAAUCCUGUGCCUCAUAGUGCUGCCUUUGGUGCUCUAUGUGACCUUUUUUGCUGUUCAUGUCAUGGUGCUGAAUAAAAGUGGUCCUGGUGAUGGCUUCUUCAGUUCUGCCUUUCAAGCUCGGCUUUCAGGGAACAGCCUUCACAAUGCUUCUAUCCCCGAACACCUGGCCUAUGGCUCUGUGAUCACUGUGAAGAAUCUCCGGAUGGCCAUUGGCUACCUGCACUCCCAUAGGCACCUCUACCCUGAGGGCAUUGGUGCUCGCCAGCAGCAGGUUACCACCUAUUUGCAUAAGGACUUCAACAACCUGUGGGUUAUCAAGAAACAUAAUACAAACACAGAUCCCCUAGACCCUUCAUUCCCAGUGGAGUUCGUCAGACAUGGAGACAUCAUUCGACUAGAACACAAAGAAACUUCUCGGAACCUGCACAGUCACUAUCAUGAGGCCCCCCUGACCCGGAAGCACUAUCAGGUCACUGGCUAUGGCAUAAACGGGACAGGGGACUCAAAUGAUUUCUGGCGCAUUGAGGUUGUAAAUAGAAAAUUUGGGAAUCGGAUCAAGGUGCUGAGAAGUCGAAUCCGCCUCAUCCAUUUGGUCACAGGCUGUGUCCUGGGAUCUUCAGGAAAGAUUCUGCCCAGGUGGGGCUGGGAGCAGUUGGAAGUCACUUGCACUCCAUACCAGAAAGAAACCGCUAACUCCAUUUGGAACGUAGAAGACCAUAUCAAUCCCAAACUGCCAAACAUCAGCCUGGACGUGCUGCAGCCCAGUUUUCCUGAGAUCUUGCUGGAGUCCCACAUGGUCAUGAUCCGGGGAAACAACGGCCUCAAACCCAAGGACAACGAGUUCACAUCCAAACCCUGGCACUGGCCUAUCAAUUACCAGGGUCUGCGCUUCUCAGGGGCCAAUGACACGGACUUCAGGGUCUAUCUGCUUGGCAACCCCGUGGUCUGGUGGCUGAACCUGGUGAGCAUUGUCCUCUAUGUCCUCUCGGGGAGCACCAUUGCCAUCGCUGUGCAGAGAGGGGUACAGCUGCCUGCAGAGUUGGAAGGGCUGACCAGGGUGCUGCUGCGAGGAGGUGGCCAGCUGCUGCUGGGCUGGGUGCUCCAUUACUUCCCUUUCUUCCUGAUGGGCCGGAUCCUCUACUUCCACCACUACUUCCCAGCCAUGCUCUUUUCCAGCAUGUUGACAGGUAUCCUAUGGGAUACCCUCCUGCGGCUCUGUGCCUGGGGCUUGGCCUCUUCUCCCUUGGGUAGCAGAAUACAUGCUGUGGGAAUGCUGAGCCUGCUUCUGGCAACUGCCUACAGCUUCUACCUCUUCCACCCACUGGCUUAUGGGAUGGUUGGUCCCCUCGCCCAGGAACCUGAGAGUCCAAUGGCAGGACUAAAGUGGCUGGAAUCAUGGGAUUUUUGAGACCAUUUCCAGGACCCCAGCCUGGUUCCAGGUAUUGUCCAGGGACACUCAGCUAUGAAGCCAGGUCCUGGACCCUUCUAACUACAAGGGAAACUGCCUGAGGAGUCCAAAGCUUUCUGCUAUCCCCAGGACCAGUCUCUGGGAAAUAGACCUGGAUUUAACUCAACACUAAAAGAGCCACAACCCUGUCUACAGCAUUUACACGGUACACUUGACCUACAGCACUUUGUGGUGCUAGUUCCCUCUCCUAUGAAACACAAGGAAAGCAGCUGUGAGCGUGGAGUAUACAUAUGUCCAAUCCCCUUGGAGUGUAGACCACGGAAGUGGCCGCCAACUUUCAUAAAUUCCAAGAAAUGGUCCAAGGUUAACAGGAUAUUCUCUGUUAUCUUUUCACAUUGGAUUUGGUUUCAUUUAGGUUUAUAAGAUCCAUAAGAAAUUUUCUGAUCUCCAGGAGGGCUGAGGGUUCUGCCCUUACCCCUCAUGGUGUUACAAAGGCACAACAGGUGGGACCAUCGAAAC